AUGCUCCUUCCCAGGGUUGCUAUUGGCAAUGCUUCCCUAUUUUCCUCUCUCUUCAUAUACCUGUAUCUGAGUUCUUUGUGGCCUCAACUCAUGACUGCUCCUGAUGCUAAUGUUAUCGUAACCAUGAUACAGUGGCUACUGUACAAUCUGGGUGCCAAUACUGCCAUUGUCAUCACUAUUUCAUAUUGGUCAUUUAUUUUCUUUAUGGAACAUUCCAAAUUUCUUAUGACAAACAUGAGCAAGAUGAAGCACAUGCUGAAUACUGUGUAUGUUGUUCUGGACAUCUUCAUCUCGGCAACACCAAUACGUAUCUUCCACAUGCUUUUCCCCAUCAUGUUGGGGUCAAUCUACGCAAUAUUCAAUGCCACUUACUUUUUAAAUGAUGGUACUAUCCUUGAUGGCCGCCAUUAUGCCUACAAUGUGCUCAACUGGAAUGUGCCGGCUGAGGCUAUUAAAUCAAUUCUUUUUCUUUUUGGCAGCUUUUUUUUUUUUUUUUCUUUCUUCUUUUUUCUCUUUUUCUUUAUUACUAUUUUUCACAUCUGUAAAUCUCUUCUUUUCCUUUUUGACUUUUUCUUUUGUAUUCUAUUAUUUUUGUUUUUCUUUUCUUCUUUUCUCUUUUAUUUUCUCCUUUUUUUUUUCUCUUUUUCCUUUUCUCUUUAUCACCAUUUUUCAAUUCUCUAA